AUGUCUAUGCAAGAGAAAGCCCAGGCCCACCUGUCGCAGCUCGACAAAGAGCUGUCCAAAUACCCCGCCCUCAACAACUUCGAGAAGCAGACGUCGGUGCCCAAGGUCUACGCCAUCCUGGGCCUCGCCGGCCUCUACUUCUUCCUCGUCUUCUUCAACAUCGCCGGCGGCUUCCUCGUCAACAUUGCCGGCUUCAUCAUCCCCGGCUACUACUCGCUGUCUGCGCUGUUCAGCGCCAGCAAGGUCGAUGACACCCAGUGGUUGACGUACUGGGUCGUCUAUGCCUUCUUGACCGUGUUUGAGAGCGCCGUCAACGCCGUCUACUGGUUCCCCUUCUACUACACCUUCAAGUUCGUCCUCGUCCUCUGGAUGGCUCUCCCCCAGACUGCGGGCGCCCAGAUCAUCUUCCGCUCCUUCCUCCAACCCAUCUUCUCGCGCUACUUCUCCGAGUCCGGCUCGACUGCCGCUAACCUCCGUGCUCAAGCCGACUCGGCUGGCAAGUCUCACGCCCAGUAA